AGUUAACUAAAUUCUUCCAGAAUUGGCUUGUCCAUGAGAGCUUAAACUCAAAUAAAGAUAGAUUUUUAAAAGGUAAAUACAUUAUUUCUUUGUUGUAAACAAAAAUUAAGUCUCCCCUGAUUAGUAACAAAAAUGCAGCAUUGCCCAAGCUCAGACAACAAGAAUUCAAAAGAACAUUCAGAAGUUUAACUUACUUCUGUCAUAAAUAACUCUGUUUCUAAACAAAGGCAUUGUUCCAUUCACAGACCAGUGUUAACCUCAGGACUCCUUAUUAAACUGAAGUUUUUACAAGCAGAUUCAUCUUGAGUUGCCCAUUCUCUCUCAACCUAAUUGUUGUAAAUGGUAGGAAUUAUUUUGUGCAGACAAGGGAUAAAGGCUAAUCCAGGUCAAUCAGUACCUUGUAAUUUAUCCACAUACUUAGAGAAGAAAAAAAGGUGUAUAGGGGAGAGGGAAAGAAGAAAGGGACUGUUGGAGUCCUGACAGUGUUAAACCCCUAUACUGACCUAAUGGAGAGUUUUAAAAUUCUGAAUAGAGUUCAUGUUUCAGGGUAAAAAUGCAGGUAACAAAGGCUUCCCUGAAGCAGAUGGCUAUAUUAAAUUCCUGAGAGUGAGAUUUUGUUAGAAUUAUAUCUGAUGACCAGUGAACAUGGGCAAAUGAACUCAUCAUGAAUGAAUAAAAUAUUUGGUGUAGCUCUUAAACAUUUUAAUAAAAUUAAAUGACAUUUAUUUGCCUUUUCAAUUUUGUUCUAUUUUUAUAAUUGUCUCCACCAAAAAAUCUAAAUUUUGAUAGACAAUUUGACAUUGGUAUAGAUAUAUAUGUGCAAAGAUUAUUAGUGAUCAGAUGGAGGUGAAGGGGAAAUGAAUAACUGAAUUUUUAAAGUUUUAAAAAUAGAGUGAAGGGCAGCUGGGUAGCUCAGUGGAUUGAGAGUCAGGCCUAGAGACAAGAGGUCCUAGGUUCAAAUCUGGCCUCUGACACUUCUCAGUUGUGUGACCCUGGGCAAGUCACUUGACCCCCAUUGCCUAGCCCUUACCACUCUUCUGCCUUGGAGUCAAUAUUGUAAGGGUUUAAAAAAAUAGUGAAAGUUACUUUAUGAAAGUUAAAAUGUUAUAUUGUUUUUCAGUGAUACCAUGAACCUGCUAUUUAAUGGAAAAUGAAUCAUGCUACAAUCUUUAGCAUUAUUUCAAGAGAUUAGUAUGCACUAGUUAAGUGCCUCCACUUUUAUACUUUUAUAGAUAACAAUUACUCCAAAGGUGAAGGCAAUUUAAAAACAAUAGGUGAGACUUAUAUAGUACUAUAAAGUUUACAAAGUAUUUAUCUACUUUAUUUCAUUUGUUCUUAACAAUAACCCUGUGAGGUAUUUUAUUUCUUUCUAUAUUUGAUGAGGUGCCCAAACCACAAAGAGAUUAUGUGACUUGCCUGUGAUUACCCAGCUAGUAAGGCAAGAUUUGAACCCUGAUCUCUAUUGACUCUAAGUCUGGCAUUAUUUCUGCUACUUCACAUUGCCAUUGAACAUCAAGAUUGUGAUCUUAUGACCAUAGAAAAGCUAAAUAUAAUCAAUAAGUAAAAAACAAAUAAAAUAAAAGUCCACUUUUUCCCAAAAACCUUGUCCUGAGAGUAUCAUUACAGGAUAUUUUUCCCCAUGAAAACAGCCAGAGAAAGUCAUGAGAUUAUAUAUGUAAAGGACUUUGCAAGCCUUAAAAGAUAAAUUUUCCUGAUUCCAGGUCUGGCAUUAUUCACUGUACCACUUAGCCACUUAAUACAAAUAUUAGUCUCCAAUUAAAAUGCAAAAAACAGAGACCACUUUUAUAUUAUAUCCCCUAGACCAGUGGUACCAAACUAUAAUAGAAAGAAAAUUGUGUCACUGCUGGCCACUCACUGUCUUUGAAAACUAGAAAUUAAAAUCAUCCAUGCUAUAGUAUCUUAUUUUUUUGUUUUACAUUUCCCAUUUCUACUUUAAUCUGGCUAUAUCUGACCUCAACAAUUGUCCUGCCCUGGCCGGUGCACAUAGGCUCUUACACAGCCUCUUCCCCAAUGCACUGACACCUGGUCAUUCAGUCUCUACUCAAGCAUUUCUAGUAGCUGUGAGCUUGCUACAAGGUAGUCCAUUCCAUUGCUAGAACUGUUGGAAAAUAAUUCACUCUUGGAUUAUUGCAAUAGCCUUUUGGAUAGUCUUUUCACAUCUCAUAUUCCCCAAAUGAUUCACUGGGUAGACCGAAAUUGCUUUUUUUGUUUCUUUAUUGCAUAUUGGGUCAAAUUCUCACUCUUUAACUAGACAUUGAAGGCCUCUUAUAACUUGGCAUCCCUUUACUCAUUCAGUCUUAUCUCAUAACUCUCUGCAACAGAGACCUUGUACAUUCAGGCACCACACUGAUUCCCAUCACAACUUUUACAUACUGUUCCUUUCAUCUGACAUGCCUUCCCCAUUCAUCUUUGCCAAUUCCAAUUUUAUGCUUCUUUCAAGUCCUUAUUGGACCUUGUCAGCUAUAAUGCUCCGUCAGAGUCCAUCCCACCAUGAUUCUUCCCUUCUCCAAAGCAUUACAGAACUUAUAUUCCAUGCAGCCUCACUCUUGGCUACAUAUUGCUACGGAUUUUCUCAUCUUAAAAACACAUGCAUAAUUUCUCUGACGUCUACCAAGGUGGAAAGCAGUCCUAUGUUGUAUGUUUGAGUGUGAGCAUGGUACUGGUCAUGGAAAGAAUGUGAUUUUGUAAUGUUGAUUUUCAGCUGUCCUCGAAAUAAGUUAAAUCCAAUUGGGAGUCUCAUUAGAGAAUGGCUUGCUUUCUGAGACUUUUCAGAUUUGGAGGGAGAGAACUGCUGCUUCUUCCAAGGACUUUUCUUCAAUGGGAAUAAUGCCAAGAAAAUCCUAAAUUAUUUCAAAGAUUACCACCUCUUUUAUUUUGUUCAAGAGAAAAUUUUCAAGAAAUCUGACUUGGAGUAACAACACUGUAAAUUUGUCCCUUCAUAGCCUCCUAACAGGACCCUAGACAGAGUUACUCUGGAUAUCCAGAAUAGUAAGCACAUCAUUACUGACCAAGGGUUACUAGAAUUUCAAUAUGACUUUAACCUGUAAUAUAUCCAGUCUUAUCUUUAUAGUGGUCAGAUAUAGGAGGAGGGUAAACAAUAGCAUCAAAACCUUUGCGGGUUUUGUUGGCAUAAAAUGUUUGUAAGCUUAUAAGCUUAAACACCUGGUUUGCCUGCCCAGACAACUGUUUACUGAACUCCUCAGACUAGCCUACCUCAUAGAUACAUUGCCAGCUGUUUUAGUUUUGAUUGUGCAUUGGUUUAUUUUGAGAAGAAGCAUUAUAUACGACACAGAAAAUAUACCCCUAGUUCUGCAAAUAGGACAAGUAAACAUCAGCUAAGAAGGAAGGACAGUAGGGAGAAUGACUGACUAUAGUUUAUCUCAAUAUCAAAAGCCAUGGUCAUUUUCACUAAUAUUUAAACACUUUGUGGUUAUUGAGUUCUUUCAGUCCUGUCCAACACUAUGAUGCCAAGGGGUUUUCUUGUCAAAGAUACUAGAGAAAUUUGCCACUUCCUUCUCAGACUCAUUUUAUAGACAAGAAAACUGAGGCAAACAGGGUUGAGUGACUUGCCCAGGCUCAUACACUUAGUAAGUGUCUGAGGUCAGAUUUGAACUCAUGAAGAUGAGUCUUCCUGAUUCUAAACCCAGUUCUCUAUCCACUGGACCUCCUAGCUGUUCUAUUCACACUGCUGUGCUGUUAAAAUCAAGUGAAAUCCGGCCACUUAAGGAAAUGCUGGAUUCCCCAUCAACAGAGAAAGCAAAUCACCCUUCUCUCAUCUGGAUGGUUAUAAGUAGGGAUACUUUACAGGUUCAGUUAUAGGUUAGACUAAGUGACCACUGAGGCUCUUGCAACUCCAUUUCUAUUAUUUUAAAAGUGAGAUAAUUGAUGAAUGUGUUUAAGAGUGUGUGAAGAAAAUGAAAUCUUCCCUCACUUUUCAGUACUUCUUAUUAUGCCUGUUUCCACAUUGCUAUCUUAAAUGGGGAGCAGCUAAAGUUCAAUGACUUAUAAACCUUUGUAAUUCCUGGUUUGGUGGAGCAUGGUAUAAUAUGGAGAUAAUUGCUUGGGUUCCAUCUAAUUUCCUAGCCUUGAGCGUUUAGGGUAGAUUUAUAGACUUUAUUAUUCACUGUGGCAAAAGGGAACAGAUAGCAACUAACAACUAGAGCUUAUUAGUUGAUAUAACAUCUAAUGUUUUGUCUUAAAUAUACGUAUAUAUUUGUGUAUAUAUAAUUGUGUGACUAUGCAUUGGUAAAAAGGGACAGCUCAUGCAUUGGUAAAAAUCAUGAUUGCUUGAAACUGUAUAAUAUAUGUGUAGGGAAUGUGUGUAUAAAGUGCGUAUGUGUAUGUGUGUAUAGUGUGUAUAGUGUGCAUAUAUAUAUAUAUAGUAUGUAUAUGUGUAUAUAAUGAGUGUGUCUGUAUAUUGUGGGUACAUACUAGAUUUAUAACUAGGUGAGGAGGACUUGGGUUUUAACUUCAAUAUGCCAAAAUGAUAGCGGCGAACAGUUCUUCCUGCCUAUGGCAAAUACUCUUCUCCUGACAUCAGAGUUCUCUCUUGAGUAGAGCUGUUUCCACUAGCUUCCAUUGCUGUAUUGUGAGUCUUCUGGGAACCAUACUUCCCCCUCAAUACCAAACUGGGGAUAAACUGAGAGUUGGACUGCAACUAACCUGUUUUUUAUUGUUAUUGAGUUAUUUUUCAGUCCCAUCUGACUCUUUAUGGCUCCAUUUGGGUUUUCUUGGCAAAGAUACUGAAGUGGUUUGCCAUUUCUUUCUCCAGCUAAUUUUACAGAUGAGGAAACUGAGACAAAUGGAGUUAAGUGACUUCUCCAGGACCACAUAACUAGUAAGUGUCUCAGGCCAGAUUUGAAUUCGGAAAGAUGAAUCUUCUUGACUCUAGGACUGACACUGUAUCCCACUGUGCCAUUACACCUAUUACAACUGCACUAACCAACAGAAUUUGAAUCCAGUGUAAAAAUAAGAAUAAGAAUCCAGUGUAAGAAUAAAUCCAAUGUAAGAAUUCUUAGUUAAAAACUCUGGUGGGCCCUGCUCAGGAGGGACCUCUCCUCGUGGAAGUGGAGGCAGGAGUGGGAAAGAUGCCUUAUUCUGAGACUGGUACUUUAACAAUUUCUGUGACCUUUACAUUUUCACAGUUGGUGGGUUUUUUUUCUCUGAACUUUGUUGGUAGAUUAGACAAUGAAUCUCUAGUGCAAUGCUUGGUAAUGGGGUAUAGUUAAAGGAAGCACAUUUGUAUGGGCUGGAAAGGGUGGAGUUGACCUACACUAUCAGAACAUUACUCUUCUUCCUCUUCCUGGCCAUGCUUCCCAUAGCAAUAAGGGUCAUUACUCAGCUUCCUGUCUGGAGAGAAACCUAUAUUCUCUAAAGUCUUUGUUUCCACCUGCUAAAACUAGCAAACUGAAUAGCAUUUUUUCUUAUUCUGUUGUUAAAUCUGAACCUGAUUUCAUUCACUGACAUUUAAAGAGGCAAAAAAAGAGAAGAUAAUCAUCAAGAGCUUUCAGCAGCAACUAGACCCUGGGGAAUAUGAAGUCAAAGACUUGGCUAUCUCUGAAGUAAAGGCAUGGUGAUGCUGCCAGGCCAGAAGAGUGUUUUUAUUCAGGUGAAAUUAAGUUAAAAUAAACAAAAAAGAAAGCUCUAAUGGGAAGUCUAUGUCUCAAAAGAGCAAAUGGACCCUGAGAUUAGAGAGAAGGAAGGGGGAGAGGAUCUGGUUAGGCAGUCAGCUCCAGUGCGGAAAUGUAGUGAUCACAGGAUCAGAGGAUCAGAGCUAGCAGGGAUCUCUCAAAGGUCAGUUAAUCCAACCCUUUAAUUUUACAGAAGAGCAAGCUAAACUUCCAAACCCCUAUUAUGAGGCAAAACUUGGUCCCUAAUUCAAUCCCAUUCUGAUGUACCUGUAUUGCCACCUUUAGACUGAAAUCCAGGUGGUUUUUCUACUUAUACCAUCUUUUCCCACUCUUUCUCUUCAAUGCUGGGGGAACUAAAUGUAUUCUGAUAUCUUAUAUGUAGAUAUCUACAAUAGGGCAGACCACAAUAUUUCCAUUCCCUUGUUUUCUGUGCUAUUCUUUUGUUUAACCCUUACCUUCCGUCUUGGAAUCAAUACUGCGUAUUGGUUCCAAGGCAGAAGAGUGGUAAGGGCUAGGCAAUGGGGGUCAAGUGACUUGCCCAGGGUCACACAGCUGGGAAGUGUCUGAGGUUGGAUUUGAACCUAGGACCUCCAGUCUCUAGGCCUAUUUCUGUGCUAUUCUUGUCCAAACCCUCCUAUAAAUUUUCCACUGGGGGCAAUCCUCUGGUUCAGAGGUAUCAAACAUGCCUCUGUGGUCCAUGGUAUCUACCACAUUCUUGAGUGUAGCCUAAAUCACAUUAAAAUGUAUUUAGAAAAUAUUUUACACAAUAAAUUAAAAUGCAAUAAAACAUAAUAUCAGCAUUUGGCUUUCUGAGUCAAUUUGUAGAGCAGGUAGGUUGUGCAGUGGUUAAAGUGCUGGGCCUGGGGUCAGGAAGACUAAAGUCUUCCUCAGUUCAAAUCUAGCCUCAGACAUUUACAAACUGUAUCACCCUGAGCAAGUCACUUAUCCCUGUUUAUCUCAAUAUCCUUCUCUAUAAAGUAACCUGGAGGAGGAAAUGGCCAGUCAUUCCAGUACCUUUGCCAAGAAAACCUUAAAUGGAGUCAUGAAGAAUUGGACAUGACUGAAUAACAAAAAGUAACUAUGCAUCCCAAAAAGAUACUUCUGUAUGAUUGAGUGGCUCCCAUGUCUACUUGAGUUUUAUAGCAAUGCUCCCUUGCUUUUACCUUGUUAUGUGAAUUCACUAUCAGUUAUCUUUUGUCCUUGUUACAUGACCAAACUACCUACCUGCUUUUCCAGUCAUUCAUCUCUCUGACAGUGUCUUUUAUUCCACUUCUCUGGUGCAAUUCUUGGCUGAUAAUGUGUUGCAUCCUAUGAAAACCUGACAUGCACCUCUUAAUUUACCUUUCCAGUAACCCACAACUGCAAUUCUUCAAAGGCAAUUCUAACAUAUGACUCAGAGUCAUAAAACAUCACCCAAAGAAUAUCAGUUGUUUUUUUUAAACCUUCCAUCUUAGAAUCAAGUUGGUUCCAAGGCAAAAGAGUGAUAAGGGAUAGACAAUUGGCAUUAAGUGACUUGCCCAAGGUCAUAUAACUAGGAAGUCUCUGAGGCCAGAUUCGAAUAUAGGACUUCUCAUCUGCAGGCCUAGUUCUCAAUUCACUAAGUCACCUAACUUCCCAGUUAGAUAUUGGCAGUUAUUGCAAUAUUGUUACCCAAGUAACAAUUGGGCAAGUCAUUUAACUUUUCUGCCUCAGUCUCCUUCCUCAACUCUAAGUCAAAGAUGAUAACACCUACCUCACAGGAUUGUUGUGAGGAUAAAAUGAUUGCAGUGUUUAAACAGAACCGGGCACAUAGAAGACCUUUAAUAAAUGUUUACUCCAUCUCCCUUCCCUUCCUGUCUAUGUUCUGUCCACUGCAGCAUUCAAAUAGAAGAGGGAUUCCCUGCAGAUAAUGAGGGCUUCCAGAUGCUCCUGUUUACAGAUGACAUUGUGGUAAUUACAUCAAACCUCAGAUGCAUCACAGAACUUCUUCAAUAUUUUCCAUCACUCUGAACUAAUUAAGCCAAAAUAAACAACAAAUUAUUGGGAAAUUUUAAAAAUAGAACUGUAACAGGUUUAUUUCAUCACAACUGCAUGCGGUUAUUUUGUUUUAACUGGAAUGGUUUUAUGUGUUGAGUCUUUUAUAGAUCAUGAACUGAAAAAAAAUAUUAAAUUGCCUGUCUCAGAGUUGAAAUCAAUUUAAAUUCUAACUUCAGAGAAGAUGACCAAAAUGAAAGAAUAUAUUGAACAUAAAGCAAAUUCAUGUGGAUAUCCCUCAAAUCUUGAAAUAGAUGUUUAAAAUAUCCAAAAACUCUCAGAAAAUACUACUGAACAUUUUCUCUCAGUCAAAAUCAUUCUGGUUUCAUUUUCUGCCAAGCUUCCAUUUGGUAAGAAGAAGAGGAGGAAGAGGAGGAGGAAGAGGAGGAGAUAAUGACGGUGAUGGUAAUGGCAAUGGCAACAUAAAUGUUUAAGGCACUGAGAGAGAUUCUAUGAUGUCAGAUUAGUUUUGGAUCCAUUCUAUUUCACUUUUAGUCCCUCAAAUCUAACCACGUGUGUACAUCUUGGCCAUUAGGGGGCAUCUUCAAACAACAUAAAAAGAAAGACUCCAUUUUCUACCUCAGAACAAGAUCUGCCUCUAACCUUCUGAUAGAGGAAAAUGAGUUUUUGAAUUGCAAAGGUCUUUGUAGGUCAUCUUAUCCAACUCUCUCAUUUGUAGUGGAAGAAACUCAGGACUAGAAAGUUUCAUUGACUGAUUUACCAAGGUCAUAUAGAUCCUACAUCCUUUCUUUGGUUCUUAAGUCCCUCUUUGUAAUCAAUUGGUUCCUCUCAUUUAAUAUUCCUUCACCAGCAUUCUCAGCAUUCUUUCUGUUAGUUAUUCUCUACUUGUCUACUUUUAUCUCCCAGACUCUUCCAAGUCCCUGUCAUAUUGAAGUCAAGUAAAGAGGGUGAGAAUGUGGGUGGAGGACUUAAUGGGUGGAGGACUCAGAAGGUGACAACUGCACUAACCUGUCUUCCCUGCAUAGAGUAAUAUUAUUUGCAGAUGAGGAAAUGUUUCUUCCUACAGUUGCUAUUUUGCAAAACCAUAUCACUCCCAGUCAUUUUCUUGCUGUCUGUGGGAAUGUUGUCAGUAACUAUGGUAGAGACUCUGGUCAGGGGAUGGAGGAAACGAAAUUCUCUUGGAAAGGCAGAAAGAAAAACGGCCACUCCACAGCUCCAAGAUGGCACCCAGAUUUUGGAUGAAUAUCAGUUGCCUCUUCAGGCUUCUCCAGCUGUGACAAAGGUUCCCAAGGCAGAUUUGCACCGAGAGAAAAGGCAUCUUUCCUACCAUAGACCAAAAACCAUGGAACUGUCAGACAGUGAUCGUCCAGUGAGCUUUAGCUCCACAUCCUCCUCUGCAUCUUCUAGGGACAGCCACUGUUCCUUUGGCAGCAGGUUGACCUUAGCUUCCAAUGGCCAUUUGAGCUUGUGUAAUAACCAAGAUAAGGAAACAGGGGCCAUUAAGCUCGAGCUGAUGCCAACAAGGAGAUUCUCCAGCAGUGAAGUACAGAGGAAUCCCCCAGAGGAAAAACAGAACAUGGAGGAAAGCAGUGAAAAUUGGCAGGGAGUGCUGAGGACACCUGAAACAAAAGGAGCAAAUAAAAAUGGCACCCUCUCCCUGGUUGCAGAAUCUACUACAAGUCCUAAACUUCUCUAUGUGGAUAGAGUAGUUCAAGAAAUUCUGGAAACUGAGAGGACCUACGUACAAGAUUUAAAAAGCAUUGUUAAGGAUUAUCUUGAUUGCAUCAAAGACCAAUCCAAGCUUUCUCUAGGAGCUGAAGAAAGAUCUGCCCUUUUUGGAAACAUACAAGAUAUCUACCAUUUCAACAGUGGACUUUUGCAAGAUUUGGAAAACUGUGAAAAUGACCCUGUGGCCAUAGCAGAAUGUUUUGUAUCUAAGAGUGAAGAUUUUCACAUUUAUACACAGUAUUGCACCAAUUAUCCAAGAUCAGUAGCUGUGCUAACUGAAUGUAUGAGGAACAAAAUGUUAGCCAAGUUCUUCAGAGAACGUCAGGAAACUCUCCAUCACUCACUGCCCUUAGGAUCAUACCUUUUGAAGCCUGUUCAGCGAAUUCUCAAGUAUCAUCUGCUUUUACAUGAAAUAGAAAACCACCUUGACAAGGAGACUGAUGGCUAUGACGUGGUGCUUGAGGCCAUUGACACAAUGCAGAGAGUAGCCUGGCACAUUAAUGACAUGAAGAGGAAACAUGAGCAUGCAAUCCGGCUACAGGAGAUACAGAGUUUGCUAACGAACUGGAAAGGACCAGACCUGACCAGCUAUGGGGAGCUGGUUUUGGAAGGAACAUUCCGCAUCCAGCGUGCUAAAAAUGAGCGAACAUUGUUCCUCUUUGACAAGCUACUUCUGAUCACAAAGAAAAGAGAAGAAACCUUUACCUACAAAGCUCACAUACUGUGUGGCAACCUCAUGCUUGUGGAAAUGAUUCCCAAGGAACCACUUAGUUUUAGUGUCUUCCAUUAUAAGAAUCCCAAGCUUCAACACACAGUACAGGCUAAAUCUCAACAAGAUAAACGACUCUGGAUUCUCCAUCUGAAGAGACUUAUCCUAGAAAAUCAUGCUGCUAAAAUUCCAGCUAAGGCGAAACAAGCAAUUCUGGAAAUGGAUGCCAUUCAUCAUCCAGGAUUCUAUUACAGUCCUGAGAAAGAGAUAAAGACAUUUUCCAGUUCAAAGGAAGGCACUGCUCCCCAUCGCCUAAGAAGAAAAUCUGAACCUUCCUCUAGAGUGCAUAAGGUUUUGAAAGCCAGUGAAACAACACAAGAUAUACAAAAGAUUUCCAAAGAUGAUGAAGAAGCAUCUCCAUCACUAAUUACAGACCUUCCACGUUCAACAUCAGCUGGAAAUCCUCCAACACAGAGGACCUCUCAGCAAAAUAACCCAGUCAUUUUGAACGUCCUGGGAGGUGCUGGUGCUGGUGUGAGAAACAUCUGGACUGACCACCAGAUCAGGCAAGCUCUAUUUCCCAGUAGACGCUCACCUCAAGAGAAUGAGGACGAUGAAGAUGAUUACCAAAUGUUCAUGCCAUCAUUAUCUUCAUCUGAUUUGCAUUCCACCAGGCUUUGUGAGGAGAGUAAUGGUUCCAGUCGACCCUGUAGUUGGCAUUUGGGACAGAUGCAAUCCAGGGACCCAGGGAUCACCAGUUCUGGUCACAGGAUUGUCCGGAGGGCCAGCAGUGCUGGUGAAAGCAAUACUUGUGUACCAGAAGCACGAAAUAGAGACAGUGAAGAUAUUCAGCACUCUUCACGGAGAGAGGUAGACAGAGGUUCUAGAACAGAAAGUGAUGGGAAGGCUUACUUUGAUCCAGAGCUGACCCUUCAAGAUGUAGACCAUGUCUAUGAUAAUAUUAGUUAUGAAGAUUUAAAACGGAUGGGUUUUGCCAAAAGGGACACACCUGAAUAUAUUCCCCAGAGAUCAAACAUGGACUCUUUUCAAGGGUUACACCAUCAAAGCAGUCCAAAUUUAUUAAUCUCCCCCCAGAAGCAAGAAAGUCAAGAUAAUCUCACCAUUCCUGAAAAAAGAGAUGGAACCUUAUCUAGUAGAGAUCCCUCCAACUUAAGCUCAAAUGAGCUCAACAUUGCUGAGGAAAAUAUAUAUGACACUAUACAGCUCCCAGACCCACCAUUACUGAAUUUUAAAUGCAACUACCUAAAAUGUGCAAAGCGAAGCAGCUUUUUAGGACUGGAAACAGACUUUGCCUGCUGUGAUAGUUUGAGACCUUUUGUUUCUGAGGAGAGCCUCCAGUUCAGCGAAGAUGAAACACCUUACCGUCAAGCUCCCGUGGAGAAUGAUUAUUUAAGUUUGCUGUACAGUUCUUCUAACUCUGAUUCACUGUCUCACAAAUCUGUAGCUGAUAAACUGUCAGAAGAAGUAGAUGAAAUUUGGAAUGACUUGGAAAACUACAUCAAGAAAAAUGAAGAUAAAACUAGGGACCGCCUCCUUGCUGCAUUUCCUGUUAGUAAAGAUGAUGUCCAAGAAAGGUUACAUGCUGGAAGCACACCUGAACUCAGUAAAGAUAUAAACUAUGCAAUAUCUACCCUCUCCCUGCCAGAAAACCCUGCAUUUCUUAAGCCUGUAAAAAAUAAAGCUAUGAGGUUAAGCAGGACCCAUCUCCCUUUUGAAGAAGACAUGCUUUACAAAGAAAACUCAUUAAUGAAUCUUAAUAGACUUUCUCUGGCCAGUGAAAUGCCUUCUAUAGAGAGCCCUUGUGACUCAAUUAAUAGCAGUUUAUCCCACACAGAUCCUGAGAGUACUGACCCAAGAGUGAGCAGUACAGAUAAAACCAAAAGCAGAGUUUUUCUGAUGGCAAGACAAUACAGUCAGAAAAUCAAGAAAGCUAACCAGCUUUUGAAAGUGAAAGGUCCAGAGGGAGAACAAACAGCCAGUCAGCCUCAUAAAUCAAGACACAAGGAUCUUGCUGCCAUAUUGGAGGAGAAGAAGCAAGGAGGUCCUGCUAUUGGUGCUAGGAUUGCUGAAUAUUCUCAACUCUAUGAUCAGAUUGUAUUCAGAGGGACACCCCUUAAAACAAGAAAGGAUGGCUGGGCCAGUCCUGGAGGGUCACCAAUCCUCCGUUCUUCAUCACCACCAUCUAUGUCUCUUUCCCAUUCUCAGUUUGAUGAUGAAAGCUCUCAAACGGAAGACUGGCUUUUGCACUCCACAUACAGUAAUGGAGAAUUAGCAGAUUUUUGUGUCUGGCCUCAUGAAGAUACCAAGUCAAGGUACUCUCAUUCAGAGAUGAAUGUAAAAAGUACUCCACGGCAGUUGCCAACAGUUUGUUCUGUUCCUUUGCUUCAAACAUCUACCCCUCUGCAAGGUCCUGCACAAAGAAGGAGUGUUGUAAUAAGCCAGCCUAAUAAAGAAAAUUUACGUCACAUCAACGCUUAUAAUUCUUUAGGCAGAAAAGGAACCAGUUAUAAAUCCCAGUCAUAUACCUGGUCCCAGUCGGCUUCUUCAAUUGUGCUAAACAAAUUGGUGGACUCUAUCAACUACCCAAAUGAAAUGGGAAAGAAACAGCUCUCUUCACACAGAAGCUCAAGGUGUAAUAGUCAACAGGAUUUGUUAUUGGGUACUGCUGUCCCAGAUCAGCAAGGUUCUGACAAAUGCUCUGAUGUGACUCUCCAAGAUUCACAGAAGGUUCUGGUAGUGAAUAAAAAUUUACCAUCAAACGCCCAGAUCGCCACACAGAACUAUUUUUCCAAUUUCAAAGAGGUAGAAGGAGAUGAAGAUGAUUAUGUGGAGAUAAAAUCAGAAGAGGAUGAAUCGGACCUAGAGGCAGCUCAGAAUCAUAUACAGAAAUCUGAUCCAAAGAUUAGGGAUACUGAUCUCUCUGAUGAUCACCAUAGCAAUAUCACCUCUUAUUCUUUAAGCAACCCUUGUGCUUCUUCUACAAAACCAGUGAACAGCAAACUUGGUCUUUCACCUUACUUAACAUAUGGUGACUCUGACAAAUUAAAUGAAUACCUGUGGAGUGAUUCCUCACCCAAUCAGCAGAACAUUGUCCAGGCUCUAAGGGAAAAGUUUCAGUGUCUUAGCUCAAGCAGUUUUGCCUAAAAUACCUAAUAGUUUCUGUCUGUAAUGUCUUUUUACAAUACACAUGUACUACAAAUACUAAUGACAUAUUGCAACAUAGAAUUCACACAGCAAUAUUGAAACUAUAUAUAAGAUAUGGCACACAUUAUGUUGAAAAGUUUGAAACUGACAAGACUGUACUAGUAGCAGAGAUAAACAUCUAAUGGCAUAUUUUAUGAUGAUGGUUGAUUUAUCCUAAGUCAAUUUUACUUGAAUAUCCAUAGCUUAUUCUUCUUAUUUUCUGCUUUCACCUCAAAGUUUGGUCUUUUUUUAAUAGUCUGGUCUUUUUUCCAUAUCUUGACUGUACUGUCCAGAUUUUAAGAAAUCUAGCACUUCUGUGCAACAAUAUUCAUAUAAUUGGAUGGCAGUUGCUAUCACAAGCAGCAUAGCAAACACCAUUAAAAAAAUUUUUAAGUGUUUUAGGUUAAAAGUCAAGACCAAGGAUAAUACUAUCUAAAAGAUACCUGGGACAAUUUGAUAUCUGCUAUAAGUUAUCACUGCUACUUUUCUCAAUGUUUGGCAAAACCUUCUACUGGAAUAGCCUUUUAAAGGGGGUAGUGAAUGUGUUGUCUACUUUUUGGUUUCUGCUGGGAGCUCAGAUAAGUUGCUAAUUGGUCUUUAAAAUUAUAUGACAAGAAAGAAUUCAACCACCCCAGGAUCAAAACAUUAGAAGGGAAAAAAAAAUCUCCUCUGGGUUUGCUUGUUUUUACAUUUUCACCCUUUUUUUCACACUGCAUUUUACACUUUCACAAUUGCCACUUUUGCUCUUUGGAAACAAGGCUUUGAGAAUACGAUUAAAACUCACAUUGCUGAUUUUAUGACUCCAGGAAUAUAGUGACUCCUUCAGGCCCCAUCAAAAAUCAGAAUGUGUUAGGUAUUUGGAGAUCACACGCUGUUAGGAAUAGUUUAUUUUCCAUUUUAAGUUGAAUACAAAAAUCUUCUUAAAUAUGUUGAAGUAUUUUUCAUAUGAAGAAAAUAGAUUAUUCGUACAUAAAACCAAGGCAUUUUUAAAACUUCCCCCCUCCCUUCCCCAAAGAUGUGUAUUUCCAAAGGGCAUUCGCCUAUAUGCACCCUCAUGAAUCUGGGACUAGACUGAAAAUAUUUCUCAAGAAUUACUAGUGACUUGUGGGAAUGCCACUUGAUUUUGCUUUAUUUGCAUGUAGUAUAUGUUUGUGUCUAUACAAACAAAUCUAUGUUAGAUAUUUACAAAGAGAGGCUCUUUAUGAAAUUCUCUUUGCCAGUUUUGCCAACUGACAUCUUAACCUUGUAUUGCUAUUACUGUAUCGAGAUAGCAGUGUAUACUAGUGCUGCUUAGAGACACAAAAUACUUAGGACCCCAGAAGGCCUCUUUUCACACAGUUUCUUAUUUGGGGAAUAUGGUAGCAGAUUUACUUAAGUUUAAAGAGAGUCUACUUAAUCACAAGUUCUCAUGAACAAAACAUGAAAUUACAAGAUUUUGUGCAACAAAAAGAUAGAUUUUUGAAAUGUGAACUUCAAAGUCUCAUCUGAAGAAGUUAUAGGUGUUUACUCCUACCCCCUUCAUCACCACCACCACAUUUUUUUAUAGGCAAAUAUAAUUAAAUAUGAUAUUUAGGGUCAUCUGUCUUCUUUAAGAUGAGUGAAACUAAGACAAAGUACAAAAUCAAAGUGGCAUCUUACUUUCGUGUGUUAAACUGAAUGCCUCAUUUUCUUAAAUGCAAAACAUAAAAAGUGAUUCUCCUUAUUAAUGAUGGAUGGUUAAGACGUCUUAAAAAAAAACAUAUUUCACUUUUUAGAUCAUUCUUUGCUUGAACUCUGCUCUUUUUCUUCAUCCAAAGUGCUGGUUUUGUUGGGGUUAAUAUGAUACUGAAUGAAUCCUUCACUCUUGAUAAUUUUUAAAAAUGCAAAAUCCUGGAGUUUCAGGAUCAAGAUGUUUCUGGGUGGGGAGGGCAGAAAGAGAACCCUAAAAAAAUCUCAUACUUCUUGACUUCAUAGAAGUCUUUAAAAUAAGCAUGCCCCUGUAAUGCCCUUGGAAAACAAAAAAAGCUAUUUGAAUAUUAAUAUGCCUGGUAUGAAAUUGACUUCAUUUUAGUGAUUGGCAUGAAUUGAAUUCUUAACAACAAUGAGCUGAUCAACUUUCAUUUUACAAAAAUGAUUCUUCAAAUUAAUGCUGUUUUACUAAUUGCAUGGUUUUGAUGUCUACUAUUAAAAGUAUAGACACCCCCAGACACACACCUGGCAAAUGACAGCUUUAAAAUAGCUCUCUUUCUUGUAUAAAAUGUGUAUGUAUAUAUCAUUGUAUUUACAUGUUUAGGCAAAGUUGAAUUUUAUAUCUUCAAAUGAAUUCUUUUUGUUAGGGUGCAGAUUUUUGAGGAUUGUGUAUAUUCCCUCAUUGUGAACUUGAUACUGCAAAUCAUCAGUGCUAUGCUUUACCUUAGUUUUAAAUGGCCAGGGAUGUGAUGUAUUGCUGUAUAAGCUCCCCAGAAACCAAAAGUUCUGUGCAUUUAGAAAUGUGUUUUCCUGUCUUAAUAAAUCCCUGUACUGGAUACUCAACUUUUUAGAAAAUAAUUUAAAUUUUCACUUAGUUGAAUACUACCUAAGGGAAUUGCCUCUAGUAAAACAGUUUAAAAUAAUGUAUAUAAAAUAAUGAACCUUAGCAAUGCCCAUUAUUUAAUAAAGUUUGUAAAGUAUAAAGUAAA